AUGAUCAGUCCAACUACAAUGUUAUCCAAUGCCAUCAGUAGUCUGAGCUUUGAUGAGCGUUGUAUACGUCUGUUGAACAACAGCAGCAGUGGAGUAGGUGGUGGUCAUCAAGGCUCAUCAUCAUUGCAACGUAUAGAUCAUGGUCGAAGCCACAGUGAUGGUGUGUUCUCUCCUCCGUCACACUAUCUCACUCAUCACAUGUUCAACAGCAACUCGAUUGGCAACCUUAUACAUCCGGUCAAUGUCAAUGACGUCAGUCCUCCAUCAUCAUCAUCAAUGAUCUUUCAUCACUAUACCACGACUACCAACUCAUCAACGUCCGCUGGCACUCUUUCGCCAUCAUCAUCAUCAAGUGGUGCAGCUGCAUUUACCGCUUCACUCCCUCCAAUGUAUAUACUCGAGCAACAACAUCAACAACAACAGCAUCCACAGCAUCCACAGCAUCCACAGCAACAACAACAACAACAACAGAGAAUAGAUGGUAGUCUACAUCAUAUUAUUUCACCGCAGCACGUUGAGCUGCAUUCACUUAUAUCAACUCCCCUGACACAGACGUCAACAACAUCAACCACCUCCACAUCAUCAUCAUCAUUCAACAACAACAAUACCAACAACAAUGUGUUAUACAUGCCACCACCAGUCAACGCCAGAGAGAGGAUCAAUGAGUUUAGAAAGGUACGAGUCAUUGGCACUGGAUCAUUUGGAUACGUCUAUUUGGUGCAGCACAUGAUGGACCACAACUACUACGCACUUAAGUGUCUGCUAAAGUCGGAUGUGGUCAAGCAGAACCAGGUGGAACACUUGCACUCGGAGAAGUCCAUCCUGUCGACCAUCCACCAUCCAUUCAUCGUCAAUCUCUAUCAAUCGUUCCAGGACGAAUCCCGGAUCUACCUGUUGUUUGAGUACGUGGCCGGAGGCGAGGUGUUCAAACACCUGCGCGACGCCCGCGUCUUUUCCAACGACAUGGCCAAGUUCUACGCAGCCGAGAUAGUGCUGGCCUUUGAAUAUCUACACAGGAACAAUAUAGCCUAUCGGGAUUUGAAGCCCGAGAACCUGUUGAUCGACAGCCAGGGACAUAUCAAGAUCACCGACUUUGGAUUCGCCAAACGUGUCACCGAUCGGACAUUCACCCUAUGCGGCACGCCCGAGUAUCUGGCACCGGAAAUCAUCCAAGGUACUGGACAUGGCAAGGCAGUCGAUUGGUGGGCACUUGGCAUACUUAUAUUCGAAAUGCUGGCAGGCUUCCCACCCUUCUACGAUGAUGAUACUCACAAUAUAUAUCAAAAGAUAUUGGCUGGACGUAUCGCUUUCCCGGUUCACUUUGAUCCUUUGGCCAAAGACCUGGUAAAGAAGUUACUGACAACUGAUCGCUCCAACAGACUUGGUGCACUAAGGAAUGGUGCUCAAGAUGUAAAGGAACAUCGUUGGUUCGAAGGUAUCAUCUGGACCAAUCUGUACAAUAGAACUACACCAGGACCUUUCAUUCCAAAUAUCCAACAUGAAGGGGACUCUCAUUACUUUGAGCAAUACAUGCAGGAUGACAAGUAUGAGGACCCUCCACCAGGUUACGUCGACCCAUAUCGUAGACACUUUCAAGAUUUCUAA